GAAGAGUUCAUCUGCGCCUGAAUGGUGAAGUAGUGAAAACAAAGGCGAGCAGCAAAGAUGGAAUCCAGCGAGGAGGGGGGCCUCGGUGUCGGGGGCUCUGUGGGAGAAGAGAACUACUUCCUGGGAUACACCUUCACUGAUCGCUCCCACUCCAGCCGGGUGGUGAAGAGCAUCAUGGACCUGUGUCUGGAGGACGGCCUGUUCGCUGAUGUCAUCGUCACCGUGGAUAGCAAAGAGUUUAACCUGCACCGGCUGGUGCUUUCGGCUCAGAGCAGUUUCUUCCGCUCCAUGUUCACCUCCAACCUCAAAGAGUCCCACGACCGCUCUAUUGAACUGAAGGAUGUCAGUGCCACUGUCUUCCAGCUGCUGAUUGACUACAUCUAUCACGGCAGAAUAAAAUUGAGGGUGGAGGAGCUUCAGGACACAUAUGAGAUGGCAGAUAUGUACCAGCUCACUGCACUGUUUGAGGAAUGUUCCCGCUUCCUCUCACGGACAGUAGAAGUGAAGAACUGCCUGCAGGUGAUGUGGCUUGCAGACAGACACAGUGACCAGGAGUUGUAUACUGCAGCAAAGCAAUGUGCUAAAAUCCACUUGGCGCAACUGCAUCAGACUGAGGAAUUUCUUAAUAUGCCUCUCUGUCUGCUCCUGGACAUCAUCAAAGACGGAGUUCCGAGCUCCCAGAAUCCAACAGUAGCCAUCGAGUUGUGGAUAAAUCACAACAAGGUGGAGAGAGAGGAGUUUUCUUGUAUCCUCCAAGAAAAUCUCAAGGAAAUCGGUGAGAAUGUCCACAUUUACCUGAUUGGCAAAGAGGAGGCGCGGACUCACUCCCUGGCUGUGUCGCUUCACUGUGACGAGGACGAUGCGAUCAGAGUGAGCGGCCAGAACAGUUUAUGCCAUCAGAUCACUGCAGCCUGUAAACACGGAGGGGACCUGUAUGUGGUCGGGGGGUCCAUUCCUCGCCGCAUGUGGAAGUGCAACAUGCACACCAUGGACUGGGAGCGCUGCGCCCCACUGCCCAGAGACCGCCUCCAUCACACCAUGGUCUCUGUCUCUACUGAGGACGCUAUCUACUCCCUGGGAGGGAAGACACUGCAGGACACGCUCUCGAAUGCGGUCAUCUACUACACCGUGAAGGACAACGUGUGGACCGAGACCAGCCAGUUGGACACGGCGGUGUCCGGGGCCGCCGGUGUGAACCUGGGAGGUACCAUCUACCUGCUCGGAGGGGAGGAGAACGACAUGGACUUCUUUACCAAGCCGUCUCGACUGAUUCAGUGCUUUGACACCGCCUCCCAGAAGUGCCAGAUCAAACCGUACGUGCUGCCGUUCGCGGGCUGCAUGCACGCCGCGGUCCACAUGGACGUGAUCUUCAUCGUCGCCGAGGGAGACUCCCUGGUGUGCUACAACCCUCUGCUGGAGAGCUUCACCCGCCUGCGCUUCCCCGCGGUGUGGAGCUGCGUUCCUUCGCUGUGGAAGAUCGCCAGUUGUAAUGGUUGCAUAUACGUCUUCAGGGACAAAUGUAAGAAAGGUGACGCAAACACGUUAAAGUUUAACCCGGCCACAUCUGUUGUCUCCGUUAUCAGAGGUAUCAAAAUCCUCCUCACAAACUGGCAGUUUGUUUUGGCCUAAGCUCUCGCCUGGAGGUUCAUACUGUCGCCACGGACAAUCGGGGAGGACUGUUGGAUAACUCCCCAUGACUUCACUGCUCAGACAUUCGGUGAGGAGAUCUGCUCUAAAUGUAUUUACUCAGCUGGUUUCUGCGUCACUCUUUACACACGGACCUCAACCUCAGACCAGUAGAACUAGUGUUUCACUUGCUUGUAUUAUUCCAGUGAGUCUCAUUGUUGAUCCCUUUAGCCCAGAAGUCACAUGGUUUGUUGUGGUGCUGUGACGAGUGAUGUUCUAAUCGACGUGGUUUCCUGUGCACUGAUUAAUUGUUGACAUGCAUGCACAACUUCAGCUUCAAACUUUACUGAACAUAAAACAUUCUUCUGUGUAUUGUGCGUUAUGAAGUGUUUCAUGAUGUUGUGGGUUAAAUCUCCUCAGAUGUCAAGUUUGAAGUCAAAUCGUGCAUAAAGAUGAUAACAGAGGAUGUUUUCUAAUUUUGAAAUUUUUCACAGGUUUUUUUGUCUCGUAUUUUUUGAUGUACAUGUUCAAGUUAAACUGUCAACGGAAAUGUCAAAUAUAUUGCUGUAGCUACAA